CAGCAUAUCGCGCAAGCAGCGGAAACUGCACAAGAAUCCCCUUCAACUGCCCAUGCCGUAAAAAUAUAGGCAUACAAGUAGAAUCUAUCGUAUUGUUUGAGGAGCGCCAUCACCCAAGACUGCAACCCCGCAGCAGCCCCACCAUCUACACGGAAACGGUCGCUCUCUUCGUUCCCUCCCAGGCAACGCUGCUCCAACAAAAUCUCCCCCCUUCUGCUUGCCUCCCCGGGCUUCAUUCACCGUCGGAUUAUUAGUCAGUGCGGCGUCAUAUUCCCUGCCUGUUCUGUCUGCGGGUUUGUUUGACCAGCCCAACUGAUCAACCGAGCGCAAACCUCACAUCACAACUACCCCGCGCAUCCCUACCACUACUCCUCUACCACAACACUACACAUCACAACCAUGUCCUGGCAAGCAUAUGUCGACCAAAGCCUCCUAGGCACCGGCAACAUUGACAAGGCCCUCAUUGCCGGCCUCGACGGAACCGUCUGGGCCCACUCCGCCGGCUUCAGCAUCCCCCCCGCCGAGCUCAAAGUCAUCAUCGACUCCUUCUCCGACACCAGCAACCCACCCAAGAUCGUUAGCGAGGGUAUCAAGGUCAAUGGCGAGAAGUACAUGACCAUCAGCGCGGACAACGAAUCGUUAAAGGCCAAGAAGGGCAAGGAAGGCCUCGUCGCCGCCAAAACCGUCCAAGCCGUCCUCAUCGGCCACCACAACGAGGAGAUCACGACGCCCGCUGCCUUCAACUCCGUCGUGGAGUUGCAGGAAUACCUCAAGAAGAUGGGAUAUUAGGCGGGGCGCAUCGGGACGGAUGGCCAAUAUACAAUUCUGCCUUCCUUCUUCUCUUGCGCCCUCCGUCACCGUGCGACCGACUGAUCUGUCGGAUGUUGAUGUUGUAAAUUUUAACGAUACUUUGCAUACCCUCUAGUGAGGUUGAGGGAGGAAGGUUGGGCGGAGAUGAAGAAGGAAAAAGAACGCUUAACGAGAUGAAGCGGUGUCGAUGUGAUUGAUGGUGAUCAUCUCUUUGAUCGAUGCAGAUAGAGCAAUAUACUACUUUUCACAAUUCAAA